CCGAAGCCACACACACUCGUCUCAUCUCUCUCUUGCUCGCUCUCCCAUGCUCUGUGGGUGUCCGUCUCUCUUCCAACUCCUAAACCCCAUCCGAUAAUACGAAACGCUCCUCCUCUCUCCACAUUUAAUUGGGUUUUCUUAGGGCAAAAUUCCCCAUUUUUUUGGGUUUCUUACUGCAAACCUUGGCAACUCUAAUUCUUAACUUUCUGUUCGAGGCCUAAUCACCAGAUAUUUCAGGUUGCAUUAAAAAUGACGACAUGUGUUACAGGAAAUAAUGUAUGAAGGUAUAAUGCUUUGACGGAGCUUCGUUUGACAUCUUGUGCCAAUGGCGGCUGAUCAGCGGAGAAAGCGAGUAAAUGGUGUUAUCAUUGCCAGUUGCAAUUCCAGGGAGCAACACAAAGCAAAAAAGAAAAAUAUUGAAUUGCUUCAGGAUGAUUCAAACAUAAAACCUCAUAUUUUUCUUGAGUGGGAUGGGAAUCAGAACAUGGUAGUUGCCAAAAGGUAUCAAAUUGGCAUAAGUAGGAGAACUUUGAGGCCGUUUGUUGAUUCCGCUUUCAAUAGCCACAAUACUUUGGCAGAUGUUUUUGCUGUUCCUGAGGGAAUCUAUGAUUUGGAAAAUUUGGAAGAUGUGCUUUCAUAUGAGGUUUGGAAUACACAUCUGUCUGAGAUUGAGAAGAAUCACCUUAUGCAGUUUCUUCCUAGCGGAGCAGAGGCAGAGGAAGUUGUGCAAGCAUUGCUUGCUGGGGGUUGCUUUGACUUUGGAAGGCCUUUUCUUAAAUGGGGUGCUUCACUUUGCUCAGGUGAUUUCCAUCCUGAUGCCAUACUUCGUAGGGAACAAUGUCUAAAGAAUGAUAAGAAAACAUUCUACAAUGAGUUGCAUAUGUAUCAUAAUGAUAUGAUUGCAUAUUUACAGAAGUUGAAGGAGAGAUGCGCAAGCUGUAAGGAUCCUGAACAGGAAAUUGUGCAGAAUAUGUGGAGGUUAAGAAAUGAUGUUGAGAAACAAAUUUUUUCACAUGCAAAUGAAUCCAGAUCGCAUGAUCUUGAGGAAAAUGCCAUAAUUACAUCUGAAUCUUGUUCUUGGGAGAAAGCAUGCAGUAGUGAUAACCAGAUUUCCUCAGUGAACAAAGGAGGAGAUUUUCGGAACAGGAUCCGUGAGAAAGGCUUCCUAAAGGACAAAGGUAGAAAUUUAUUGGUUACACCAGAUGGGGCACAUAAUGCGGGAGGAAGAUCCAAAAAAGGAGACAAUCUACACAAGCGCAAUAACUACAGUAGCGAUGGUGCUAAAUACAUGUCAUAUGUUAAGAUUAGCAAGAAGCAGUACGAAAUUGUUAAGAGACUGAAGCAGUCUGGCAAAAGCAUUCAGUCCAGGUCUCUCAACCGGAUAUUAGGUAACCUUGAUAGCUUUGAUGUACAACCGUAUGAAGUCUAUUUGGAAGAAGAACAGAAGAAGUUGCAUCAGCACUGGUUGCAAUUGGCUAUUAAAGAUAUCCCGGCAGCUUAUGCAAACUGGAUUGAAAUGCAUUUACAGAGACGGCAAAUGACAAACUCUUUGGAGAAGGACAUGAAAAGGAGGCUAAAGCCCCUGAUAGAGGAUGACGAAGGUGAUCACAACCUUGAAAGCGUGCUUCAAGAUAAGAUAGCUAUUGAAGCAACAAAGCGUCAAUCUCCCAUGGAAGAUGAUGAAGGUCUGUACCCAGUUUCCCACAGGGUGAUGAGUACAACCCCACAGACAUGGAAGAAGACAAUUCUCAAGAGACUUACUGGCGGUCAUGAGUGCAACCCCACAGAUAUAGAUUCAUAUGAACAUUUCAGUACAGAGUCAGAUAAUGAUUCAGAAAGGCAUAUCAUUAUAGAAUCAGAUCAUUCUCCUCCAAAUGUACCUGAUUACGCAGAGUAUCUGAAUACUGCAGAUACUGCGGUAAGUCAGGGAGCACAAUUAUGUGCUAGUGGAGAUGCCUGGAAGGCAGUUAAUGUGCCACACUCUUACUAUGAUUCUACCACAAGUCAUGCAUAUUCAUCUGCCAGUGAAUUAUCGCUUGCACAUCUACAAGUUAAUGAAGUUCAACAGACACACUUAGUUGCUAUGGAGUCUGAGUUGCCUGUAGGAGACAGUGGGAAAGAUUUAUUGCACAUACAAUCGGAGAAUGGUUCCUUCAGUUCUUACCAAAACCAAGAUCGAAAUGAAUUGCUUCAAUCUCUCUUUAAGGGCCAGAGCAUGCUAUCUUACAAUACUGAGAAGAAACAGACAGGGUUGGAUUUCCGGACACCAGCCAAUGUGUUUAUGGGUCGGUUUCCAGUGCAUUUUGAAGAGCAGCAACACCAGUCACUGCCUCUGGAGCAAGGGCAGAAGAGAGAGAGCGAGGUUUACAUGCAACCAAGAUUAUCUGAGAACGUUUACUCUGAUGGAGGUGGGUAUUUAAAUUCGAGGCCGGAACAUCCGACUGCAGUCGAUGUGCAGGAUUGGGCUGUCAAUAGUGUUCGCAUGCUAAGACCUCUACAGUCUCACUUAGAUGGUGGAGAAAUGUUGAGUCAUAAUUGGUUUUCUGGUGAGCAUCAAGUGCAUGGUGGAUGGUCGGCGUCAGGUGGUACUAGUGUCACGAGUCAGACCAUUGGGAAUGGAACGAAUGCAGAUCAAAACUUAUUCAGUGUUCUAUCCCAUUGUAACCAAUUGCGAUCAAGUAGCCCUUAUCAGCACGUAGCCUCCACCGAGCAGUUUUUUUCCUCUAGGAGCUAUGGAACUGUGGGUGGGGCCACUCCGAGGAUCGGAAAUGUUGUACCACAAGCAGGUUAUGAACUGGAUUACUUGGGUGGGCGGGAAGCAGCCACUCCCAUGAUGCAUGAUGAUAUGCAAUGGAUGAAUUUACCGCGUCAGAACUCUGGUUUACGUGAUCCUAUGGGGAAACCAUUCUUGAGGUCGUGGAACCCGUAAGACAAUUUUCUAGCAUGGUAACGUAAACGGGAAAUGUGAGUUGACAAGUGAGGGUGAGAGUAGAUGGAAGUGCAGAGUUGGAGAUAGGUUUUUGUACAUACCUAUACAAGGGCCAACUCAGCAUCAUGUAUAUAUAAUAUGUUAGAUGGGACAGAGGCAGAUAGCAGCAGGCAGGGGUAGGGGGAGACCUGGGAUUAUUGGACAGUUCCAGGCAUCUCUAAUUUGUCUGUUAGAUAGUUGGGAUUAUUUUUCGUCUUAUUCUCUGUUUCUGGAGAAAUAUCGUUGAAUAGUAUUUGGAGGGUUUUAAAGUUUUCUGUAGAGGCAAAUGCUUUUUAGAAUAAUCAAGGCUCUCUCUCUCUC